ACCAAUACGAGGCAAAUGGUGCGAUGAGAUCCACAUACUUCAACAUCACCGAGAUAUACAAUAUGACCGUACUAUGCAGACGAUCAAAAUCUCUGAGAUACUCCAGCAAGCAUAUACAGCAUCAAGGACUGUGGACAAUCGAACCGAAUAUCUGGAUUAUUAUCGGAUACACCGUGGUCAUUCCCAUUAUCUCCGUUCUCGGGAUCAUCGGAAACUCGCUGAUUCUCGGGGUCCACUUGAAGGCGAAGACGUACUUGAAAGCGUCGACGUACACGUAUUUAGCAGUGUUGGCAUCUUCGGAUUUAGUCACCUGUAUUCUGAUCCUCUUUUCCGCUCUAACCCGAGGCAUGUUUCGAUGUCACAAAGGAUGGGUAGAAUUUGAUGCAUUCGUUCAUUUUCCGAUCGGCUCCGUUACCUCAAAUAUCACAGUCUGGGCCGCAUUAGGCGUGAGCGUGGAUAGAUUAAUAAUAGUUUGUAGCAUGCCGAGAUGCAAACCACCGAAAUUUUGCAGCCAGCGAGUUGCACGCAAGUUGAUGAUAUUCGCCAGUUGUUUCGCUAUUUUCAUCAACAUACCAUAUUGCUUCAUGUACACGUAUAACAAUCGCGGCGAUCUAGUAACGACCAGCUUUUUCCACUCGUGGUGGUUCAAUCUUCAGAAUUGGCUACAGUUUAUAAUAUUCGGCUUGAUGCCGGCCGUUUUCUUAUUCGUCGCGAACGGCAUCAUGUGCUACUCCGUGAAAAAGGUCUUCAAGCAGAGAGAGCUGUUGCUGAAACGCAAAAACAUACGCGAGGGAAAUCAUCUGCGGGAUCAGGCGCGGCUGACGAUUAUGCUGGUCGGCAUUGUUUUCCUGUUCCUCGUGGGCGAGCUGCCAACUCAUUUAGCGUCGCGUCGCAGCGCCAUGUCCCUCCUUUACGGGGGAGAUCUCUCCAAGGUCCAUGAGAGCUUUAUGGAGAGAUUUCGUAUGUGGGCGACUCUUUUAAAUGCGCUAGCGAGCUCGACGAAUUUCAUACUCUACUACUUGCUGUGGCCCUGCUUCCUCGUGCACUUGAAGCAUAUGUUACUUCCGCAGCGCAAUAUAAAGAGAAACUACGCGAGAAGACCGAGGGCUUAUUUCAAUCAACAAUCGGGAGGCAAAGCUAAGUGUGAAAUAUUUGUAUUAUAG